GCUUACUUUAUGAAUUCAGCCAGACUGUCAAAUCUGAAACUUCCUGGGCUGCGCUGCUGUGAACACGCAAAUCCGUGACAUUUACUUCAGCCAUGUAACCCGUCAAAAGAGCGCUCGUUCGUAAGGACUCGAGCUUCUUAAAGCGAUUAACGAGAGCGGUUGUACGGGUUUGUUGUUUGAGGAGGAGGAGGAGGAGGAUGUGUGUUUGCUGACAGCGGCACGAGCUGCUCCUCAGCGUUAUAUCUGUCCGAGAGCACGGCAUGAAGAGAUCAGGUUGGAUCGUGAUGCUCUUUGACUGGUGCUGUUAGUGGUGCUGGCUGCCAGGACAUGAAGAUCCGCUGGUCAAGGAAGGUGGCUCUCCUGGCCAAGGUCUGCUUCCUCUUUUCCCUGCUAUGGCUCUUCUACCUCCUCAUAGUGCGUUCUUCACCUCCAUCUUUGGCUGAUGGCCGGCGUGACAUCCUGGCCCGUGACCUUCCAUCAAUUGAGGAGGAGGAGGAGGACUCUGAAAGCCUCCUGCGGCCCGUUUAUGAAAAGCUACCACCAGACUCCAACGCUCCUGGAGAAUACGGACGAGCCACUCGACUGACCCUCACUUCUGAGGAGAAGAAAGAGGAGGAGGCCAGCGUUGAGCGCUACGCCAUCAAUAUCUUCAUCAGCGACAAGAUAUCUCUUCAUCGCCAUAUUCAAGACAACAGGAUGCAUGAAUGCAAAGCAAAGAAGUACAACAUCCGUCGUCUGCCGACAACAUCAGUGGUUAUAGCAUUUUACAACGAGGCCUGGUCCACUUUACUGAGAACCAUCCACAGUGUGCUGGAGACCACACCGGCUGUCCUGCUGAAGGACAUCAUUCUAGUGGACGACUUCAGCGAUAGAGGCUAUCUGAAAUCACAGCUGGCACAGUAUAUCAGCAACCUGGAGCGUGUGCGUCUCAUUCGGACAAAAAAAAGAGAAGGUCUGGUUCGGGCACGACUCAUUGGCGCCACCUACGCUACAGGAAACGUGCUCACCUUCCUGGACUGCCACUGCGAGUGUGUGCCAGGCUGGAUCGAGCCACUGCUGGAAAGAAUUGCAGAGAAUGAGACCACCAUCAUAUGUCCAGUAAUCGACACCAUUGACUGGAACACAUUUGAGUUCUACAUGCAAACAGAAGAACCGAUGGUGGGCGGUUUUGAUUGGAGGUUGACAUUUCAGUGGCAUGCAGUGCCUGAAAUUGAUCGCAAGAUACGCAAAUCCAGAAUUGACCCCAUUAGGUCUCCCACUAUGGCAGGAGGCCUAUUUGCCGUCAGCAAGGCCUACUUUGAGUAUCUUGGCACUUAUGACAUGGGCAUGGAGGUCUGGGGAGGAGAGAAUCUGGAACUUUCUUUCCGGGUAUGGCAGUGCGGAGGGUCUUUAGAAAUCCAUCCAUGCUCCCACGUGGGUCACGUGUUUCCCAAAAAAGCACCUUAUGCACGAUCAAACUUCCUUCAAAACACAGUCCGAGCUGCAGAAGUAUGGAUGGACACCUACAAGCAACACUUCUACAACAGAAACCCUCCAGCACGCAAGGAAUCUUAUGGGGAUAUAUCAGAAAGGAUUGUCCUACGAAAUCGGCUUCAGUGUAAGAGCUUUGAGUGGUACCUGCAGAACGUUUACCCAGGACUGCAUGUGCCAGAGGACAGGGCUGGCUGGCACGGAGCGGUUCGAAGUGCUGGAAUCCACUCUGAAUGUCUGGAUUACAACGCCCCGGACCACAACCCCACAGGAGCUCACCUGUCCCUGUUCGGAUGCCAUGGUCAGGGCGGUAAUCAGUACUUUGAGUACACGUCUCAAAGGGAGAUUCGCUUUAACUCCGUGACCGAGCUGUGCGCUGAAGUUCAAGAUGGAAUGACACACAUCGGCAUGAAGCAUUGUCCGCAAGACGGCGUUCCCAAACCUCCCAGCAUCAUAUGGCGGUUCAGAGAAGACGGCAGCAUAUUUCACCCUCAUUCAAACAUGUGUAUCACCUCAUAUCGCACUGAAGAGGGCCGUGCAGAUAUCCAGAUGAGAAGCUGCUCUACUGGAGACAAACACCAGCGCUGGAGCUUCGAGUGAUUUUUAAACUCCACAUCAAACUGGAUGCAAGUGCAAUUAUACAAAAAAACGGCAUUAAAAAGAAACCGAGACCUGGCAUCCUUCAUGAAGUGCCUUUGCCAACCAAAGUGGACACAUUUGUAGUGCCAAUUCUUUUGUUAGAGGUGUUGCUAUCAUGAGUCCGAAGUGCAUAUUCAAGCUACUGCAGUCAAAUGUUUAAUCGCGGUUAAUCACAUCCAAAAAUAGGUUUGUAUUCAUAUAAAUGCCGGGACACACCACGCUGAUGCCAAACAACUAGCGCAAACUGUGGUUUUGGUAGUUGUGGUUUUACCUGGACCAGAAAGCUGCCUGUGAAACACACCAAACGAAUAGGGGGCCGUUCACAUAUCACAUCUAAAAGCGCCUCGAAAGCACAAGCUCCUUUUUGCCGACUAUCAAUCGUUAACAAACUAACAAAACAUUGCUGCAGCUCUCAUAUAAGUUUUAAUAAAACUAAAUAAAAAGCACUACAGUGUUUGGGUGCUCUGUGUUUGUCUGAAGGAAUUAGUCUACUGAAAUGUGUGUUUUCGAUAGAAAUUUUAAAGCUGAUCGGUCAGUGCCUGUCAUGUGACUUGCAGUGCACUCGUGGCAUUUUCAACUGAGUGCACCUGGAAAGCACCAGCGUCUUGCGCAGCUUG